AUGGCAGCCGUAGGGAAUCAACUGCCUCGAGAACUCUGGGAAACCAUCUUGGAUGCCGUCUUUGACGAUCUACUUCUGUUCGAGACCGAUCCCCUGCGCCAUUUCCUUACAGAUAGACGUAUACUCUCAAAAUGGCACACAGAAAACAGCGAGGAUGCAUUUUAUCGCCAGCGAGCGACGUUGCGUCUCGUCUGCCAUUCAUGGAGAGAUUACGUCGACUCUGACGGCGUCAAGUAUCGAUAUACCCGACUUUGGGACAUUCACAUCUACGACGAAGCUACAAUCGUGCAGCUUUCGCGGGCACGACGAAUCGCUGGACCUCAUUACCCGACAAUCAUAGAACGCAACCGGCGAAAGCCCCAUCUCAAAGACCAUGGGUACCAGAUUUCACUCGACCAGAGAAUCAUGGUCGAACUCGGACUCACAUUGCAGUCUAGGCUGCUUGGAGCUCGAAUCCUGUCCACCUGCACGGCCAGGCUAAGCCACCUCGUCAUCAAAGAGUCUCCAGAAUCCUUUGCAAAUCUAGAAACUCUUCAUCUGGAUCUUGGUUUCUUGUUCUGGCCAGGUCCACCUUUGGAGAUGCUGGACAAAAUCACCAAAAACUUUCGACGUUUGGUGUUCCUGUGGCUCGAGCUGGGAACCAGGUUUACUUUCAUGUCGAGCGAUGUGCUCGAGCUACCGCAUUUGCGCACCCUGAUCAUCACAGCAGGGUCGCUCAGCGGGAUUCCGUACGAAAAAUGGAGGUUACCCAACUUGCGCCACCUCGAUCUAAGCCGAUUCGGGGAUGCAAGAGAAGUGGCCCGUUUCUGGAAGGGUGUUUCUGCAUUCGGGAAACAACUAGAGGUCGUGAUCGUCCGUUACCUUGGGGCCCCUCUGGUCAAUAUAGUCCCUUGGUGCCCUCCAUCAAACCACCCAUUGACCACCCUCGUCAAUACCGACGACGAGACUCUGGCCUUUCUCGACGUAGGCGUUGGGUCUGGUACGGAUGCUAUUGACAUGCUGAUCGAGUUUUGUACCAUUUUGGCAAACGUGACGACUAUUCGAGAGUCGCAUGACUGGGAAGCGCCAGAGUUUGAUCGCUUUCGUGGAGAGAGAUCAAAGGAGGUAGUCGAGGGGAGUCUCGUUACCUACCAGGAUGCCAGACUAUUCCAGGCUGCGGAUGGCCUGGUGAAACUUGCCCAGAGGAUGAAAGAGUUGUCGAUUCGCUUUGAGGAUAAACAUGGUCGUCUCUUUGGUGAGCAGUAG